CAAGUGUCAAGUUGACACUAGAGAUGUGAUCAAGUGUCAAAUUGAUCCAAAAAUCAGGCGAUUUUUGAAGAUAAUUUAUACCUUUUAAUGCAUUAAAAACAUUUAUCCUUUAGUAAAUAAUCUCUGAAAAUAAACAAAACAUGUUGAAAUUCAGUGGAUCAGUUAUUUGGAGGUUAGGUACAAGGGCAAUCCCAAGAAACUACUCCAGCUCUAGUGCCCCAGUAAUCAAGGCAGAUAAGCUGAACCCUAACGAUGAUGUUACAAUAAAAUCUGCCAAAACUAAGGAUGAUGAUAUUCAAAAUUCAGGCCUAGUGGCAGCAGCAUUUGCACACCUCACGUCCCCUGAUCCCCCCGAGGGGCAGAAGCGGGCGCAAGUCCCGAGUCCUAAGUCCGUGAAGCCCAACAAGAACCAGCAGAUUGAUGCACAGAUAGCCAACGCCAGCAAUAUUGCGAGUCUGCUGCUAGUAGCUGAGAAUGCUAUUGUGUCCCGACGACAUGCAUUGAAGAUGGUGUCCAUCCUCUCGGAAUGGUCGAGCAGCAACAAAGUUCAAAUAUCCGACUUCGAGAAAGACCCUCGCUUCCUGAAGCUGUGUCGCAUCCUGGCGCGCACUCCGACAGCCCAUGCCAUGUCCUCGCUGAAUGUAGCUGAUGACCUGAGCACUGUGCUGGGCAUCACAGGGGAUGAUGAGGCAGCCCGGCUGAUUACUAAUCUGACGCUGCCGCAGAUGGUUAAGGUAAUGAAAGCCCUCCACCAGAAGGGCCGUCGCAGCACCCCACUGCUGCGCGCGCUCGCACACAACAUCGUGAAGCAGCCCGAGGUCAUCGACCUGAAGAAAUCAGCUGAUCUGCUGUUCUCUAUGGCGUCGCUGAACUUUCCGGAUCCCGUGCUGUUGGACAGGAUUUGCCAUGACGUCAUAACCCUGCUCCCCACCAACUCGGACAAGCCCGCAGUAGUGACCUCCAUCAUGGUUUCUCUGGGGCUCAUGCGGUACCGCCACCAGGACUGCCUCAGCGCGCUCGCCGCCUGGAUGCAGGAACAUAGUGAGGUGACUCGAAGCAGUGACCUGGCGGCGGCCGCGCAGACGAUGGCCACGCUCGACUACGUGCCGAGAGAGGCCGAGCCGCUGUUGCGGGCAAUAGACAAGCUCCAAGAAGAAGACCUCCGCGCGCCGUCAUCCUGGCUGGAGCUGGUGUUCUCGCUGCUGGUGCUGGGGCGCGCCUCGGAGCGGCGCCUGCGGUCCACUCUCUCUGCUGGCUUCAUAGAGACCCUGCUCGCCGCCGGAGAAAUCCCGAUCCCGGCGCGACGCAAGCUAAUCACAAUAGACGCAUACAUAUCGCUUGCCUACCCGAACUACACCGGGCCGCGCCUACCCGAGGAGAUACCGGUCGGCGUUCCCAUAGUGUACACGAAGGAAAAGAGCCUCUAUGUGCAGAGCGUUAUGGACACGUUUAGAAGUUUAGUGUCGGCUGAGGGAUUCUUGAAGAAGGACUGCAAUUCAAAUAUGGGAUUUUUGUUUGAUGCGGAGUUGGCGUUAGACGCCAAGUGUCAUCCAGUCUCAUUACAAAAAGCUGCAAACAAUAAAAGUGUGUUCCGGAUAGCCGUGUUGUGCCUCGACUACCACGACAUGUGCCGCAAGACCGCCGUGCCGCUCGGCGUCAACCAACUCUACACAAAGUUACUGCAGAUGAAGGGCUACAAAGUGCUCCAGAUCCCGUACACAGAGUACAACCCUAAGGACAAGCUGGUGACGCGAGUGCAGUACAUCGAGAAGCGACUCAAGGACCUCGUCAGCGACAAGAGGGCCUCGUAGUGCCGGCAGGAGUAGGCCAUUGUAGACGCGGGCCUAAGAAAAUGACGAGAAAUGUCGUAAACUGAUGAUAAGGGAACAUGAGAUUAUAAAAACAAAAGUCUGUUUCUUAAUCUCAGAUACCAAAUUGACAGAUUCUGAACGGUUCAUCAACAGUCGAUUGUCCCGCCACGCCGAUAGAAUGAUACGUCACUUGAUCGCGGGACAAUCGACUGUUGAUGAACCGUUCAGAAUCUGUCAAUUUAGUAUCUGAGUUAAAAAAAAAAACAAACUGUAGGCAUUUUAAAAUUAAAUUUGUUCAGUUUGUGUUGUGCUAAACAAAAGUUUAUGAAAGAAAAAAAAAACUUUGUUUGACACAGACAGCAAUACUGAUAAAGUCAACCACACAAAUCACAUUUAUACAUUAAUUAUUUGCUGUCAUCGUCAAAAGCUUGUUCAGGAUGACUUGAAGAGUCACCCGCUUUCGGUUUAUAUACCUCUUUUGCGUCAAUGUGUAUGACAAGUCGUCUCUUUUCUUAGGUCCGUGGUGUAAAGGUAUAAUAACAUGUACAAAUGGGUGUUACGUUUGUCUGUAAUUUAUGUUUUGUAUUUGAAUCAACACAUCAUAGUGAUGUGUAUAUUUUUUGUACAGGAGCUGUGGGCCAGCUAUUUCCCUAGAUUUUUUAUUUUAUAAAAGAUUUAACAGCUCGGGAAUCCGUGUGGGAAUUAAAACUUGAAAUAUCUUUUUACAUGUUCAAUGGAAGAUGUUUUGGCCUAUGAGAUUUUCAAAAGUUAGAAAAGAUUGGUUGGCCGAGGUUUGUAUAAUAAUUUAUAUAUUUUUCAUGUCGUGUUUAGCUAUUUGUUCCAGUAAACCUAUUAAUAAUAUGGUGUACUUAGCAGCAUAAUUCGUAUUUAGUAUUUUGUCAGUAUUUAUACAGGGUGUAAAUGACAUGCUCUCGAAAACUAAAACCAUGUGAUCUACUGGUCAAAUUGAACAACUUUCCCCAAUUUGACCAGUCGAUCACGUGGUUUCAGGUUUAUGAAGCAUAUCAUUUCCACCCUGUAUAUUGCUUGAAAAUUUUAAAUACUAUUGUGGCCACCUAUUUUAUGACAACAUAUUUUAUGUUUUGUGGUUUUUCCAACAGCCUUCAAACUAGAUAUUUAACUGUGAACUUUUUAACUGACCAUAAAUAACCAGUUUUUAUUUGCUGCACACAUUCUUUUAGUAUUUUUUGCUAAAUACUUUACUUAGAUAAUAAUAAUAUGUAAAUGAUAAAAGCAAGUGUAAUUUCAGAAAUGAGUUAGCUGUAUAAAUUGGUUUCAUGAUUGUGAAUAUAGGAAAACAUGUAAAUAAGCCAAACCUACUACAGGUGUCCCUACAGAUGAGGUCAAUGCUAACUUUGAAAAGGGUUUUUUUCUUUAACUAAAUGAAAGAAGAAGAAGAAAAGGACUUGACACGUCUAUGUCAGCCUUUUUUUGGUGUAGCCACUUCUUUUUGUUGCUAAGUUAGCAUUGUCUGACUCUACCAAUUAUCUGUGUUGGAAAUCAGAGGAAUGAAACCUUGGCUAAUAAUAUACACAAUACUCUGGCUGAAUCAUUACUUGGCUGGCCAAUCAGGGAUACUUAUUAUUAUAGUGGCGACAUGCCUACUGGGCCAUCCAUUGAAAUAAUGAUAUCUUGGUGAAACUUCUAUGUAGGAACGAUUAUUGUAAUUUUGUUGACAGUGUGAAUGUUCGCGAGAGAGAAUGUGUUAUAGUUGUUAAUAUUAUUAAUAAAAUAUUGAGUAAAUACAAA